AGGCACUCUUUUUCUUGUUCUUCUUUUUCCUCUUGUUCUUCACCUGCUUCGUUAACUCUUCUUUACAUUAAUAAUUUAUUUACUCUCUAAAAUUUUACAUUUUUAUUUUUUUUGGUUUCCUUUUUUCUUCAUUUUCACUCUGCUUCUAGCUCUACUUUUGCAAGCACCUCGCCAUUUAUCUUUUUCUUAUCCUUAAAUGGAUCCCGAGCGCGCCUCGCAGCCCCACGACUCUCGACUGAGAUUUUAUAAGAGUACUCUACUCUUGACUUACCAGAGUUUUGGUGUUGUGUAUGGAGAUUUAAGCAUAUCACCUAUUUAUGUUUACCAGAGCACAUUUUCUGGAAAUCUGAGGUUUCACGAGGAAGAAGAUGUAAUUUUUGGGGUACUUUCCUUGGUUUUCUGGACUUUGACUCUAAUCCCUCUCGGCAAGUACAUUAUAACUGUAUUAGGAGCAGAUGAUAAUGGUGAAGGCGGAACUUUUGCGUUGUAUUCGUUACUUUGUCGGCACUCAAAGCUAGGUCUUUCUAGUGCUCCUCAUGCAACAGCUGAUGAAUAUUCUCCUUACAAUUCUGAAACGCCCCUUAGGGAGACUAGGGGCAGUCUGCUUAUAAAGGAGUACUUUGAUAAACAUUAUAAUUCACGUCUUAUAUUACUAGUGGUCGUGCUUCUUGGAACCAGCAUGGUUAUUGGUGAUGGCGUUCUAACACCAUCAAUGUCUGUCCUUUCUGCAGUUAAUGGUGUAAAAGUGAAGGCCAAGGGACUGCAUGAGAAUUAUACUGUGUUAAUUUCUUGUCUGAUUUUGGUGGCUCUGUUUGCACUUCAACAUUUUGGGACGCAUAGGGUUGGCUUUGUUUUUGCUCCUAUCUUGAUAGCUUGGCUCUUAUGCAUUAGUCUGGUUGGUUUAUACAACAUAAUACGCUGGAACCAUGGCAUUUUCAGAGCUCUUUCACCAUAUUAUGUAUAUGUUUUUUUCAAAAAGGCUGGAAAAGAUGGAUGGAGAUCUCUUGGAGGAGUUGUUCUAUGCAUUACAGGUGCAGAGGCCAUGUUUGCUGAUCUUGGUCAUUUUUCUCAGCUUUCUAUUAGGAUUGCAUUUACUGUUGUUGUUUACCCAUGUUUAAUUAUUGCUUAUAUGGGUGAGGCUGCUUAUUACACCAAGCACAGAGGGGACCUCGAGAGAAACUUCUUUAAAGCCAUCCCUGAGGUUGUAUUUUGGCCAGUAUUUGUCAUUGCCACCCUUGCAACAGUUGUGGCAAGUCAGGCAAUUAUUUCUGCUACUUUCUCGAUAAUCAGCCAAUGUAGAGCACUGAGGUGCUUCCCUCGUGUCAAAGUAAUACACACAUCAAGCCAUAUACAUGGGCAGAUCUAUAUACCAGAGGUGAACUGGAUCUUGAUGGUUUUGUGUAUUGCUGUUGUUGUUGGCUUCAGAGACACAGAAAUGAUAGGGAAUGCAUAUGGUCUUGCUGUCAUCACGGUUAUGUUUGUUACCACCUGCUUGAUGUUUCUUGUAAUUGUUAUGGUUUGGAAGAGGAAUGUCUUUGCUGCUCUUGCUUUUGUGGUUUUUUUUGGAUCCUUCGAAUUGCUGUAUGUCGGUGCUUGCCUUGCCAAAGUCCACAAAGGGGGUUGGCUUCCGCUUACAUUUUCCCUCAUAGUUCUUUCUAUUAUGUGUAUUUGGCACUAUGGGACCUUAAAGAAACAUUCCUUUGAGCAACAUAACAAGGUAUGCUUGGAUAUGAUUCUAACCUUGGGACCCCAUUGUGGUAUCACUCGUGUUCCUGGCAUUUGUUUAAUCUACUCCAAUGUGGUCUCAGGGGUCCCUCCAAUGUUUGCCCACUUUGUUACCAACUUCCCUGCCUUCCACCAAAUCCUUGUAUUUGUUACUAUUCACUCUUUCACGGUUCCAAAAGUUCCUGUUAGUCAGCAAUUCUUGGUUAGCCGCAUUGGCCCACCAGAGUCUUGUUUCUUUCAAUGUGUUGUCCAGUAUGGUUAUAAGGAUGCUAGGAAGGAUGCCGAUGCUUUUGAGAACCAGCUACUUGAAACCAUAGCUGAGUUUCUGCGCAGAAGUGAUCACUGUGAUGCUGGAACUUCUGGGGUGAUGACUGUAACUGAUUCAAGCUCGGAUGGGGAUUCAGGUGGUGCAAGACAACAGAAUAGAGCUCGUACUAGGACUAACCAGAAGAGAGUAAGAUUUCGUGGUGUUGGAUGCAGCAAGGAACUUGAGGAACUUGAGGAUGCUAGGGAAUCUGGUCUGGCAUAUAUGAUGGGCAACACUUGUAUCCUGGCAACUGACACAUCCUCAUAUAUUAAGAAGUUUGUCAUUAACAUUAUCUACGGGUUCUUAAGAAGGAACUGCCGAAGUCCAGCAACUGCACUUGGGGUACCCCACACCGCACUGAUAGAAGUAGGAAUGGCUUAUCGGGUCUAGUCUCACAAAAAACCAGCAAGUUGGGCAAUUGUCCGGAUUCACUACAAUUUGACAUAGAACCUGACUCAAGUUUUUAUGCUCUUUAUAGGUAAUCUAUUCACUACAGUUUUACAUAGAACCUGACUCAAGUUUUUAUGCUCUUUAUAGGUAAUCACAAACAAGUUUAUUUAUCCAUUGAUGGCUGCAAUUGUAGGAAUAUAAGAAGCUAAGACUAGGUUGACUCUAGUUAUAUUCUUUUCUUUCUUUUUAUAUACUUUCAUAUAAAAUGCAUUAUUUUGUUCUGCUCAAUUUUCUGCUGCUAAAAGCUGCACAAACAAUGAUGCUGUAUACACAAUGAUAUUAUUUUUUAUAGCAAAGCAUAGAACAGCUUAACUGGAUCAAGCCUAUUCAUGC